GCUAGUCUCUUCCACCUGCUAGUUUCUUGGCCGGGAGCCCUCCUCGCCGCGGGCGCGCCUCCUCUCCGGUGCCCAGGUUAGGCCCGCCAGCUACCAGUACCCACUAAUCCAUGCCUAUAAAUAGAACUGCCAAAGUGGGAGCUCAACACUGACAGCAAGCAGCCAUGGCUUACAACCAACAAUUCAAGAUACUCGAGGUACCUCCGAUCGUGCAAGAACUGGUGGCCGGCGGCUUGCAGGAGCCACCCGGCCAGUACGUAGUUCCUGAGCAAGACCGUCCCGCUGCGACUGUCUCCGAGAUGCCCGAGCCCAUCCCGAUCGUCGAUCUCAGCCGUAUGUCUUCCAACAGCGCAGAAGAGUUCACCAAGCUGCAAUCCGCCUUGGAGAACUGGGACCUCUUCCUGGCUGUUGGGCAUGGAAUGGAGCCCAGUUUUCUAGCCGAGGCGAUGAAGGUUGCGAGGGAGUUUUUCGAGCUCCCACUAGAAGAGAAAAUGAAGUACUCAAACAUUGUCAACGGCGAGAAGCUAAGCAUAGAUGGAUACGGUAACGACAUGGUCGUCGUGGAGAAUCAGGUCCUUGACUGGAACGACCGAUUCAACCUCCUAGUGGAACCUGAGUCUGAAAGAAACUAUAGUCUGUUCCCAACACAUCCCCCUUCUUUCAGAGACUUUCUAUGGGAGUACACGACUAGGUGCAAAGCGGUGGCCAAUCUUGUCCUGCAAAACCUGGCCAAGCUGCUCAAUUUACAUGAAGAACAUUUCUUAAAUAUGCUCGGAGAGAGGUCCAUUACCCAAGCUGUCUUCAACUACUACCCUCGGUGCCCUAAGCCGGACCAUGUUUUCGGCCAGAAGCCCCAUACCGACGGCUCCAUGAUCACAGUCAACUUCAUUGAUGCUAACGUCAGUGGUCUGCAGCUUCAGAAGUAUGGCAUUUGGUACAACGUCCCUAUUAUUCCAAACGCAUUGGUUGUGAACAUAGGAGAUGUAAUGGAGAUAUUGAGCAAUGGAUUCUUCAAAAGUCCCGUGCACAGGGUUGUGACAAAUGUGGAGAAAGAGCGCUUAUCGUUGGUGAUGUUCUAUACAUUGGACCCAGAGACUGAGAUUGAGCCGGUGUCAGAGUUGGUCGACGAGAAGAGACCGACACAGUACAUGAAAAUGAAGAACAAGGACUACAUAGCAAAAUUUUAUAAAACUUAUGCAACAGGGAAACUAGCCAUCGACAACAUGAAAAUCUGAAUAUGAUUCCAGCAAGCAGAUGUUCAAUAUGAACUAUGGUGAAGUUUCUUCAAUCGAACAGUUUGUAACGAGUUUUUACUCUCAUCCACGAUUUAUAUGUAUGAAGUCCUUCAGUAAACUGACCGGCGGCUUGUGUGGCCGCACCAAACCUUAAAAUAAAAUCAAAAUUGCCGUUUUUAGUUGAA